AUGGCCGAUAAUGGAGUCCACCAACUCACUCAGGCCGAACUCAUGGCCCAGAUGGCCGAGCUGCAAGCUGAAGUCAAAAGACUUGCCGAACUAUCCACCCAAAACAACGCUAGUAAAUGUGAGGAGAAUGGUUCCAAAGGAAAAGGCAACGCAAACCUACUAAGUGUCAACCCACCAAAGGAGAAACUGACCUUGGACAACCCGUUCUCUGAGGAAAUCACCAAUUACCAGAUGCCAAAAAAUUUCACACUGCCUUCUUCACUCGAGCCAUAUAAGGGGAUUGGUGACCCCCGGCCUCAUAUUAAGAAAUUUCAAUCUAUGAUGUUCUUUAAUGGCCCUAAUAAUGAACCUGUUCUUUGCAGAGCUUUUCCUACUUACCUUGACGGCGCUGCGCUACUUUGGUUUUCAAAACUACCUGCAGGUUCGAUAUCUUCUUUUGAAGAACUGGCAAAAUCCUUCAUAGACUACUUCGCUGCAGCACGGAUAUAUGUACACGGAUCAGACUACCUCGGCACCAUCCGCCAAGGUCCCCAAGAAAGCUUGAAAGACUAUCUGACCAGAUUUGCAGAAACAACAAUGGAGAUACCCGAUCUGGAUCCUGCCGUCCACCUGCAUGCCCUGAAGGCCGGACUCCGACCCGGAAAAUUCAAAGAGACAAUCGCGGUAACUAAGCCGAAGACUUUGGAAGAAUUCCGAGAAAGGGCAGCAGGACAGAUGGAGAUUGAAGAGCUCUGCGAAGCCAAAAGAACGGAGAGAAAACAACCAAAGAAAAAGGAUGACAGAGCCACAAGGUCGGCAAAUAUCAAAGACUCCAAAAAACCCUUCAGACUGACCCCAAAAUUCGACAACUACACCAAAUUCAACACAAAGAGGGAAAAGAUAAUUAAAGAAAUCCUCAGCGCCAAAAUCAUAAAACCACCAGCAAGGGCAGGAAGCUACCAGGACCAGCGAUUCAUCGACAAAAGCAAACACUACGCUUUCCAUCAGAAGUAUGGACACACAACUGACGAAUGCGUGAUAGCUAAAGAUCUGCUAGAGAGACUAGAUCGGCAAGGCCUCCUUGACAAAUAUAUUGAAGAAAGAAGGUACAAAGAAGGUAACAAGGACCGAGAAGAACGUCAUCAAGCUACAGGGCACAAGAAGGACAACAAAUGGUCAAACAACACUCCCCCCAAAGCAUCAUAA